UGAAAUGCUUUGAUUUCGCUGAUUGUUCGAUCACACGCAAACUGACAGCGGACUCAGCUGGUUGUCAGCGCGCUAGCCACAGCAACUGGCAGAUAGAAGUAUUCAACUCGUGCAAGUGUUCGUGUUUAGAGUGCAGCAUCCUAUAUAUAGAGAUUACAUGUGAUUUGAGGCACCCACUCAUUCGAAUUGAAAGCAAUUGCAAAUCGAACUGAACUGAACCGAAAACAAAAGGAACAACAGUGCGCGCGUCUAAUUGUGUCAAUAAAAUGUUGGAGUUUUAUCCAAUGCCCACGAACCUCAAUCAAGUCGGUGGCAGUUUAUAUUCGCUGCAGCAGAACCAUGGAGGCGCACGUUUCCUGGACAGUCCCAGUGCAACGGCAAAUGUAAACAGCAACAAUAACAAUGCCCAUAAUAACACAAACAACAGCAACAGCAAUUUGGCAGCAAACAUUUCCGGCAACAGCAACAGCAACAAUCCGGCAGCAACAGCUUCAUUAACGGCAUCUGUAAUUUCCUCACAACAACAACAGCAACACCAACAGCAGCAACAACACCAACAACAGCARCAGCAGCAGCACGCGGUCUCGCCAACGCCAAUUAACAGCUGCCCAACGCCCACAGGUCACAGUCCCAUCAACAGCAACAACAACAAUAACAACAACAACAACAAUAAUAACAACAGCAAGAGCCAAAACUCCGCCUGCAACACAUUAACAGCUGCUGCUGCUGCCGCAACAACAGCAACAGCAGCCGUCUCUGCCCCAGCGGCGACGGCGUCGGCUCUGGCGCUGGCGUCAGCAUCGAAAUUGUCUGCCGAUUGCAGUGGACGCACAGAGGUUGGCCACAUCAAAUGCGAGAAGAACUACGAGCUGUGCGAGGGCUGUGGGCAGAAGAUCCAUGAUCGCUACUUGAUGAACGUGGGUGAUGCCAACUGGCAUGAGCAGUGCCUCGCCUGCUGCUACUGUGGCAUGCAGCUGCAUCACACCUGCUACGUGCGCAACUCGAAGCUCUACUGUAAGCUGGACUACGAUCGUCUCUUUGGGGUCAAGUGCGCCGGCUGCUGCCAUGCCAUACUGCCGCAGGAGCUGGUGAUGCGGCCCAUACCCAACUAUGUAUUCCAUCUGCCCUGCUUCGUGUGCUACGCCUGCCGCCUGCCGCUCCAGAAGGGCGAGCAGUUCAUGCUGCGGGAUGGCCAGCUCUUCUGCUAUCGCCACGACUUGGACAAGGAGAUGUUCCUGGCGGCAGCCGCUGCCCAGCACUGCGGUUUCGUCGGCCUCGACGAGGAGGAUCUGCUGCGGCCACGCGACGGCCGACGCGGACCAAAGCGACCACGCACAAUUUUGACCUCUCAGCAGCGCAAACAAUUCAAGGCCUCGUUCGAUCAGUCGCCCAAGCCGUGUCGCAAGGUGCGCGAGGCGUUGGCCAAGGACACGGGUCUGUCGGUGCGUGUGGUACAGGUGUGGUUCCAGAACCAGCGAGCUAAGAUGAAGAAAAUCCAGCGCAAGGCCAAGCAGAAUGGCGGUGCCACUGGUGGCUCAGGCUCAGGCCGCGGCAAUAGCAGCGCCGGCGCCUCCGACGACAAGGAUGCCAGCGAGAAGGAUGAGAAGUGCGUGAAGCAGGAGCAUGGCGUCGACAAUGUCGGCUUUCUGGGCGGCAUGGACAGCGCCUUCGCCAGUCAGCCGCUCAAUCCGAACUUGCCCUUCUCACCGGAUGAUUAUCCGGCCAACUCGAAUGACAGCUUCUGCAGCUCCGACCUCUCGCUGGACGGCAGCAACUUCGACCAGCUGGACGAUGACGCCGACUCGUUGUCUUUGAACAAUCUGGAGCUGCAGUCGACCAGUUCGUCGGGCAAUCACAACCAGCACUCGAAUCCGCACGACAUGCUGGCCAAUCUGAAUACGAGCCUUAUCAACCCCAUCGACAAGCUGUAUCUCAUGCAGAACUCGUACUUCAGCUCGGACCAUUAGACAGAGACAGCUACCGAGCGAGAGCCAGAGGCAGACAGAGGCAGACGGACAGACAGAGACAGAGAGUCGUAGUCAUACGAAUUUAUUAGCGUUAGAGUUGCGAGCAUGUGUUGGUAGGCACUGUAACUCCUUGAUUAACUGGCAACUGAGUCAUUUCGCCAGUCGGCUUUUUUUUGUGGUGGGAUAGUUGAGAUUUUAAGUAAAAAUGAUCAAAUGUGAUUUUUAAGCUAAACGAAGUUUUAAGAAAAUUGCAUUACAACGAUGUAAACGAGACGUAAUGCGAGAAUUAUUGUUAGUUCGACUUAAGUAAAUAAGUAGAGAAACCGAAAGAUAAAAUCAAUGUGAGCCUAUGUUUGUAAAUAGUUUUAGAACCAAAAAAUUGUUAUAAAAAUGUAAUUUAAAUUAAAACGUCAAUAAAUUAUG